AUGAGCUGGUUCACAAAGACAAAGGGCAGGAUGGCCCAGUCGUACCGCACGGAUCCAAACCUCAACAAGUGGAAGUCUUGGGUUGGACCUAUCACCCAUCGACUGCCCACCGCCACGGUCGAUUACCUGGUCGAAAAGCUUCCUGUCAUACAAUGGAUUCCUCAUUACCAUCCAAAAUGGCUUGUCCAGGACAUUAUCGCCGGCAUUACGAUUGGCGUCAUGUUUAUCCCACAAGGCGAGUCCCAGAACCCCCCUCGUCGACACUACGAUGUUCAACUCUUUCCCAUUGCUGAGCCAAACUUCCUCAAUGUCGAACAAAAUGCUAAAUGUCACAAGGACUCGCAACUGUCCACCGGGCCUACCUCCAUCCUCGGUCUCUUGACAGCCGAUGUCGUUGCCGACCUGUCCAAGGAGGGCUACGGAGCGGCUGCCAUCUCCUCCGCCAUCGCGUUCAUGGUGGGCGUGUACACCAUUGCCAUCGGUCUUCUCAAGCUCGGUUUCCUCCUCGAUUUUGUCUCCGCCCCUGUACUGAGCGGCUGGAUCUCGGCCGUUGCCCUCGUCAUCUUGCUCGGCCAGGUCGACAGUCUUGUUGGUCUUGAUGUCGGGUCCGGCACCGCCACGAUUAUCCGCGAAAUCCUCAGCAACCUGCAUGAGAUCAAACCUCUAACAUUGGCCAUUGGAUUCACGUCCAUAUUCAUCCUUGUCGUUCUGGAACAUGUCGGCAAGCGAUGGGGCAAGAAGAACAAAUACCUGAAGCUCUUCUGCACGAGCCGAGCCGUCGUCGUCCUCAUCCUCUACACACUCAUUUCCUACCUGGUCAACCGCGGUCUCGACGAGGACAACUACAAGUGGAAGGUGACAAAGGUGCAGACGGAGGGCCUCUGGAGACCUAGGAUGCACGAUGCCAAACUCCUGUCCAAGGUGGUCGGUCGUGCGUUUGCACCCCUGAUCGCCAUGGCAGUGGAACAUCUCGGUGUCGGCAAGGCAUUUGGCUUGCGAAACGGUUACACCAUUGACAAGAGUCAAGAGCUUGUUUUCCUGGGCGUCGAGAACUUUGUCAACAGUUUCUUUGGUGCAAUGACCACCGGCGCUGCCAUGUCUCGAACCGCUGUCAACUCCGAGUGCGGUGUCAAGAGUCCCGUGAAUUUUCUAUUCACUGCUGGCUUCGUCAUCCUGACCAUCUACGAGCUUGCGCCUGCGUUGUACUGGAUCCCAAAGGCGACCCUGUCCGCCAUUAUUAUCAUGGCCGUCGUCCAUCUUGUCUCCCCGCCUCGUCUGUUCUACCGCUACUACCGCAUGUCCUUUGUCGAUUUCGUCGCCUCCAUGCUCGGCUUCUGGGUGACCCUCUUCACCACCACCGAGAUCGGCCUCGGCACAGCAGUCGGCUUCAACAUUGUCGUGACGCUCCUUCGCCUCGCCUUCCCGGGCCUAAAGAGCCUGUCCAAUAUUGAAGUUCAGAGGGGCGAUGUGUUCAGCGUUUCUAGACAAAGCCCAGGGCUCGACGCCCUCGAUGUUCCUCCCGAGGCUUUCUACGUCCGCUACACAGACGACCUCCUCUUCCCGAACGCGGAACGCCUCAAGGCGGCCAUUGUCGAAAAGGUCAAGGUGCACUAUGAGCCAUCAGUCACAGCCAUCGACAUGAAAUCGGCCGACCGCAGCUGGAACGUCUCUGACAUGAAGCGUAUCCCCCGUAUCCGACAACGCAAGGGCAUCCAGCCCAUCCGCGGCGAGGUGGCGGUCCUGCAACACGUGGUGUUGGAUAUGAGCAUGGUCACAUUCAUGGAUAUUACCGGCUGUCUGUCCAUCAUUGAGCUCAAGAUGGAGUUGCGCAGGUACAUUGGCCAAGGGCUGCAGUUCAGGUUCCUCAACAUGUCGGACCAGGUCAUGGAGCGCUUCAGGCGGUCCGAGUGGGAGUUUGCGCGUGAUGGUGAGGAGAGAAGUGAGAAGUCGGACGUCAUUUACAACUCUCUUGAGUCUGCUCUCCACCAUCGCGAAGGGAGCGACCGAGAGGAUGUGGUCAACGAGAAGGCGCUCGAGGUGUAG